UCGCUCAAGUCGCGGGUCCAGACCUAUUUUGAGGAAGCUCGAGCGGACUGGUUGGAUAAAAUACGGCCGCAGAAGAGGGGGGACUUCCGAAAGCAGGUUAACAGCUGGUGGAAUAACCUGACUGAGGGUCAGCGGACUGUGACAGGUAUUAUAGCUGCAAAUGUCUUUGUAUUCUGUUUAUGGAGGCUGCCUGGUAUGCGACGGAUCAUGUUUACAUAUUUCACCUCAGAUCCAUCCUCCAGAGCCCUGUGUUCUCCCAUGCUGCUCUCUACAUUUAGUCACUUCUCUCUAUUCCACAUGGCAGCAAAUAUGUAUGUUUUAUGGAGUUUUUCCAGCAGCAUUGUCUCUCUUCUGGGAUGUGAGCAGUUCAUUGCAGUAUAUCUUUCUGCUGGGGUUAUCUCUACUUUUGUCAGUUAUGUUGCUAAAAUGGCCACUGGAAGGUUUGAACCAUCCCUUGGAGCUUCAGGAGCUAUAAUGACUGUCCUUGCAGCCGUAUGUACAAAGAUGCCAGAAGCAAAAUUAGCCAUCAUAUUUCUUCCAGUGUUCACAUUUACAGCAGGAAAUGCUUUAAAAGCCAUAAUUGCAUUUGACACUGCAGGGCUUGCUCUAGGCUGGAGACUUUUUGACCAUGCUGCACAUCUUGGGGGAGCUCUCUUUGGAAUGUGGUAUGUGACUUAUGGCCAUGAGCUGAUAUGGAAGAACAGAGAACCACUGGUGAAAGCCUGGCAUGAAAUGAGGACAAAGAACACAGGAAAGGGAGGAGGUGGAAGAUCUAACUGAUUCUGAUCCUA